GCCCCAUGCUAUGCCCGCAUUUGCCAAAUUCGAAAUCAUGGAGUUUCUGCUAGAUAUACUGGAUAUACUACCAGGUUAUAGGUACCACGGCCAUGCUGUACAUUCUACCUCGCAGCCAGUGGUUCAAUGAUUUUGCGCAAACGUUCGUCAUUGCAAAUGCUAUUCUUCGGUCUAUUGCAGGAGGUGAAGCGAUGGGUGGAAGCUGGUGUUGCGUUGAGGGCUGCACGAAUAGGUCAACGAAGACGAACGGUGUCUGUUACCACAGGUUUCCUUCCGACAGCGCUCUUCGCAAGAAGUGGCUUCGUGCUGUGCGGCGCGUCGUCUGGUCCCCGGAUAAAAAACGCUUGCGUGUGUUCUGACCACUUCACUCCGGACUGCGGUACUUGAUGGAAGCCUGUGGGCUCGCAAAAGCAAACCACGGCAGACGCCUGAAGGAAGAUGCCGUGCCAACGCUGUUCGUGCACACGAAGCCCAGCCACCCACCAUUACCGCGAUGGAGAGCGGUGAAGCGACGACGAGCUCAGGUUUUGACGUUAGUUAUCAUGCGAAUGCUGCUGCCUCUUCUUGCGAAAUCGAGCGUCAGUUUGGGAGGAUCCCACUCGUGCUUCGAUGACGUGAUAACAUGGGAUAUCGGAACCAACAGGGAUUCAAUCCGUCUGGCGAUGCCGCCAGUUAAAGAAUGGAUCCUCGACGAAAUGCCACUGGCCCUGCUGCCAUCGUCAACAACCAUCCAGCUGCCUAUAAAAGAGGAGCGACUACCCCUGGCGCACGGUGGGCUCGGUGGCAUUGCCACGAUGCGGUCCACUAACCCGCUGCUGUUCUUCAUGCAGUGUCGCAAGUGUGGUCCUAGCUGCAAAGCCACGACUAGCUUGAGGGGCAGUGAUGAGCAAACAGCUUCCUGUGCGAGUGCCAUGGCAGAGCACAAGUGUGACUUUGCUGUGAAGACACAUUACAUUGGUCACAGAACAAGGGCUGCACAAACCUGUCCCAAGAAUCCAUCUGUUGGUAUUCAGGCCAGCCCUGUGUUUGUAAAGGACAGUAGCGUCCAAACGGAUGCCACUGUGCUCUGAGGAACCACAAAAGUAGCCAAGGCACUUCUGUCCUCCACCAAACCCAGAUGUUGAUGUCCCAGAUCUUGGUGCAAACAGAAGACAAAUUGCUGCUCUCCACUACAACAAAAAUAGCAGCAGAGCUAUACUGACCUAUGUGAAUGAGGCUCAGCAAAUUUGCCAGCGAUGUUCUUGAGGGGAAGGAAGUGGACUGUGGCACCAGUGAAACAAAGCAAGGCACAAUCCUCUCCACGUCAGCGAUGGGCUCCUUGUGUCCGCCACCAUGAGGAGAUCGUUCUCUUUGACGGGAGGUUGGGUGCUAAAUGGAGAAAAAUCAAGCAAAAUAAGCAUGAAUGGAAUGUUCUUUUAUUUGGCUUGUUGACUUAACGGUACUUGAACUACCGAAGCCAUUUCAGCAUCGUAGGAGGCCCUCCUGGCAGGCUUCUUGCGUGUUCUCGUCACGGCAAUUCUUGCCUAUUUUACUCAUUUUGUCAGAAUCAUUUAACAUUCAGUUAAAGACUAAAUUUCAUUGUUGCUGUAAUGUAUACAGUAACUCUACUAGAUCCGAUCGUGGCUAGCCUUUCUGGCUGUGGCAAUGGCGCACAAGCUACAGAAGUUGUUGUCUGCUGCACUAUGUCGUUACGGCGUCAUGGUUAUGGCAUGUCGGAAAUUUAAAGUAUAUUUAUCGCAGCUGUGUUGCGCUAUCGGUGCCAGUCGCUAGAAAUUGUCUUGGAAAGAAACAGUGAUAUUAAUAAAAUCAUUUUAAAAAGUCACGCUGCAGAGGUUUAGGCGAUUAUAGUGUCAUCUGCCGAAAGAAAAAAAAAAGCGUAUGCUGCACGCCACACUGCAACGCGCCGUCUUACAUCUCGGAAGCAAUGCACUAGCACGUGUGAGAGUAAGAGUGGUAAGGGCCUAAUAAAUAAAUGAAUAAAAAAUAGAGUUUUAGAAUUGAAGCCUCAAACGUUUAGGGCCCCAAAGAAAUAGUGUCGAAGCCACUGUGCAUAGUGAGUGGUCGUUUGGGAUGCUGAUUAGCUUCUGCAUGCUGUUCGGCUGCAUUUUUGCAAGAUGCGCCUGACCAAUAUGUUGCAUUUGUUACUGUAAAUAAAGUGCUUAUACAUGCUCUGAAAAAUGUUUGUUUGUUGCGGCCAAUUUACUCUUAUGCUUUGUAUUGUAAGGAAGUGGUCUUGUGAAAGCGAGCGUGCACAAGUGCCG